GCGGUGAUGACGUGCUCUGUUUGGUGAGACGCACUCAGUUCGGGGCUAUUGGCCGCCGCGGUAGGGGAUGGCGGACGCGGCGGCUGUCAGUGGAGAAGACAAGGAGGAGGAUGGAGGAGGGAAGAAGAAGACAACGACCACUACGAGCAGCGCUGAGGGGCCGGCAGAGACACUGGGCUUCUAUGAGAGCGACAGCAGCAGGCGGCCGGGGGGGAAGAAGCGCAACCUGUCAGCUGAUGUUCUUCGGGUUCUUCCUGUGCCUGGACGCCUUCCUGUACGUGUUCACACUUCUCCCAUUGAGGGUCCUUCUGGCCUUUGUCAGGUUCAUUACUCUACCUUGUUGUGGGUUAAGUGGUGGCCGUGUUCUGCAGCCUGCGCAAGUCUGUGACAUCCUAAAGGGGGUGAUAAUGGUGAUCUGCUAUUUUAUGAUGCACUAUGUGGACUAUUCCAUGAUGUACCACCUGAUCCGAGGACAGUCCGUCAUCAAGCUUUACAUUAUCUAUAACAUGCUGGAGGUUGCUGAUCGCCUGUUUUCUUCCUUUGGACAAGACAUUUUGGAUGCUUUAUAUUGGACAGCUACAGAACCGAAGGAGAGGAAAAGAGCCCACCUGGGGGUUAUCCCUCACUUCUUCAUGGGCGUCCUAUAUGUCUUUUUACACGCCAUCCUUAUAUUAGUACAAGCAACCACCUUGAAUGUCGCCUUCAACUCCCACAACAAGUCCCUCCUCACCAUCAUGAUGUCUAAUAAUUUUGUUGAAAUAAAAGGGAGCGUGUUCAAGAAGUUUGAGAAGAACAAUCUGUUCCAAAUGUCCAAUAGCGAUAUUAAAGAGAGAUUUACAAAUUAUGUACUACUACUGAUUGUAUGUCUGAGGAACAUGGAGCAGUUCUCCUGGAACCCAGAUCACCUGUGGGUGUUAUUCCCUGAUGUCUGCAUGGUCAUUGCAUCUGAGAUUGCAGUGGACGUUGUGAAACACGCCUUUAUAACCAAAUUCAAUGACAUCACUGCAGAUGUGUACAGUGAAUACAGAGCCAGUCUUGCCUUUGAACUUGUGAGCAGCCGUCAGAAGAAUGCUUACACUGACUAUAGCGACUCGGUCUCCCGGCGGAUGGGAUUCAUCCCUCUCCCGCUUGCCGUGCUUCUAAUCAGAGUGGUAACCAGUUCAGUAAAGGUGCAGGGAGUCCUGGCAUACACCUGUGUUGUGCUUUUCUACUUUGGGCUGAUAACACUGAAAGUUCUUAACAGCAUUGUCCUGCUUGGGAAGUCUUGUCAGUAUGUUAAAGAUGCCAAAAUGGAAGAGAAGCUGUUUCAGCCACCGCCCACGUGUACUCCAGGCAAGACGCCAAAGAAAACCCCAAGCAAAAACAAGUCAAAUCAAGGAACUACAGAUGACCAGAUCAGUGCUUCAGUCACCAGCCAGCCUCCCCGCCAGAACUCCACCGCUCCGCUUCUUGUCCAAAGCAGCGCCGACCUGUUUCUGACAACGCCAGAUGCAGAGGAGAAAGACAUUACACAGGAAAACCCAGAUCUCCAACACCAAUCGGCUAGCAAGGACCUGCUGGACAUUGACCGGUUCACCAUCUGUGGAAACAGAAUUGACUAGUCCAACUUCUGGACUUGGCACUUAAAUAUUUAUUUUUGUUUAAAUUAUUUCCACAGGCAAAGUCUAUCCCCCCUUCCACUGGCAAUCUGCUCUGGAUCUGUGUUGGCGCAGGUUCUAGGAGAUGAUAUUUGCCGCCUUCUCUAAGGAGGCGUUAAGAUAGACUAAAAAUUGGGAGAACUCUGCUUUGCAAAGCUGAGCUUUGUAUAUGACCCUUCAUUUUACUUUAGAAAAAAUUGGACUGAAAAAAAAAAAAAAAAAAGAAAAUCCUCAUCAGUCAUUGCCACUUAUCUGUAAUACAGGUUAGUUCACUAGGCCAAGAUCAAAUGCCUUAAAGUUUUCAUAUAAACAGAACCACGGAACAUGCUGGGUGGAGACAAAUUCCUUCACCUCUGUGUCAUAAGGUUACUUGGAGCCCCAGCCCUGCUCACAUGUAUGUAGAUUAUGUUUGGAUUUUAGAAGCCUUAACGUAGAAGCAUUUUCUUUUUUGUACAUAGGUAUAGAUAGUUAUUUUCCAGAGUAUUUUAACAGGUACUAGUAAACCAACAAUUCUCACUCACUGAGAUGCAUCUCUUAGACAGUCUAAAGGGGUGUGGACUUACUGUGACGGACGUAGACCAUGGUUGCGUCUGACGUCAAGUGUCAUCACGUGACUCUUCCAUAAUUUUUAAUUUUUUUUUUUAAUACACCAGGUAAGUUAAUGGUGCCCUUUACUACGAGUGUGAUGUUUUGUGCUGCAUGCAAAAGAACCUUAACCGCAAAGAGACUAUCAAGAGGAAAACUGUGUAUGUGACCUGGCUGAGGUGAAUCAAAAUGUCGCCUUUAAAGACUGCAGAAUGGUAACCUAUAGAGCUUGUGUGUAGUCUGUGACGCACACAUAAAGUGGAACCCUAGACUGAAUUUAAAUGCAAUAAAGGGUUAAUUAGU